AUGGAACUAUCAUGGCUCGAAACUUCAGCUAGUGUUCACUAUCAAGGGGUAAAACUUUUUAACCGGAUUGAUAGAAAACGAUUAGGUCCGGCAUUCACCUCCUAUUUCAGGUAUUUCAAGAGGUUCAACCAACUGCUCUUAGGGAUCCUAAACCAAAAGCCGCCUACUACCAUCAACCCCGAGUUACAAAUGGCACAGACAUCUUUUCAAUCAGCUACCAAGACUAGUCUUCUAAAUCAGUUUCCUGCGUAG